AUGGCCUACGGGAGCAGCUUGGCCAGCCAGGGCCGCGACAUCAUGGACCGUAACGACUGGCAGGUGCGGUACCAGCAGGACACCCCCGUCGCCCCCCGCUUCGACGUCAACGCCCCCGAUCUCUACAUCCCAACGAUGGCCUUCAUCACCUACAUCCUCGUCGCCUGCUUGGUGCUGGGCACCCAAAACAGGUUCUCCCCCGACAGCCUGGGCUUGCAGGCGAGCUCGGCGCUGGCCUGGCUCAUCGUGGAGGUUCUGGCCAUCCUCCUCAGCCUCUACCUCCUCGCCGUCAACACCAGCCUCACCACCAUCGACCUCAUCGCCUUCGGCGGCUACAAAUAUGUGGGGAUGAAUCUGGGCCUCAUCGCCGGGCUCGUUUUUGGCCGCAGCGCUUACUACGUGGUGCUGAGCUGGUGCUGCCUCAGCAUUUUCGUGUUUAUGGUAAAAAAUAGAGUGAAAAAGGGGGGAAUAAAAGGGCGGGGGGGGCUGGGUGCAGAGUCCAUUGGGGCGCUGGUCCCCGAGAGGCCACCGUCGGUCCCCGAGAGGCCCCCCCGCCCCUGA